AUGUCGACAAACGCAACGUACUCCGAAAAGGGGCCGUUUUCAACAUCCAAGGGUGCGAAUAGUGAUUCCUCUUUACCACCCAGUGAUGGCGAUGCAGCGGCUACGGGAUCCGUAUCCAACGUCACUGCUGGAUCGCAAGCCCUACAUCGUAAGCUGAGGGGAAGAGAGGUUCAGCUUUUUGCCAUUGGCGGCGCUAUUGGUACUUCUCUUUAUGUGCAAAUAGCCUCUUCCCUCCCCAAAGGCGGCCCAGCCGGGCUCUUCAUCGCCUUCCUGAUCUGGGGCCUUGUCAUGUGGGCUGUAAACGAGUGUUUCGCUGAAAUGGUGACAUACAUGCCUGUACCAUCACCCUUCAUCCGUUUCGGCACAGAAUGGGUCGACGACGCGUUAGGGUUCGCCAUGGCAUGGAACUUUUUCCUCAACAUGGCAUUUCUCGUCCCCUUUGAAAUCGUCGCGAUGAACAUCAUGAUCACCUUUUGGACGGACAAAGUCCCUGUUGAAGCUAUCAUUGUGGCCAUGAUAGUGAUUUAUGCGCUGCUGAAUGUUGUCAGCGUCCGAUAUUUUGGUGUGGCAGAGUUUUAUCUGUCGAUCUUCAAGGUGAUUUUGAUGAUAGGCUUGUUCUGUUUCACCUUUAUUACCAUGCUGGGUGGGAACCCAAUUCAUGAUCGGUACGGCUUCAGAUAUUGGGAUAAGCCUGGUGCGUUUGUAGAGCACUUUUCUACAGGAAACACGGGCAGGUUUUUAGGGAUAUUGUCGUGCAUGUACCAAGCCAGUUUCUCGAUUACCGGCCCCGAAUACAUUUCAAUGGUCGCCGCCGAAACGGAGAAUCCUCGAAAGGUCCUACCUCCGGCUUUCCGCUCUUUCGUCUGGCGUAUCCUUGUCUUCUUCGUCGGAUCUUCACUCUGCAUGGGCAUUGUCAUCCCGUACAAUGAUUCAACUCUCCUUGGUAUUCUAGGAGGCACCGUCUCUGGCUCCGGUACAGGUGCAGCAUCACCAUAUGUCAUCGCCAUGCAACGACUACAAAUCCACGUCUUGCCUCACAUCGUAAACGCACUUAUCAUGACAUCCAUCUUCAGCGCCGGCAACGGUCUCCUUUUCACCGCAACCCGAACCCUACACGGAAUGUCCAUCUCGGGCCACGCACCAAAAGUCCUAUCCUACUGCACAAAGAAAGGUGUCCCCAUCUGGGCCCUUGCCAUCUCUAUAUUAUUCUGUCUCCUCGCCUUCUUGCAGGUCAACAGCUCCUCUGCAGAAGUAAUGACCUACCUCGUUGAUCUCGUAACGUGCUGCCAAAUGAUCAACUACGGUUUUACGGCAUUCACAUAUCGCCAUUUCUACUCCUCGCUCAAGAAACAGGGCAUCUCUCGUGAUACUCUUGCCUACAAGGGACGCUUCCAACCAUAUACCUCCUACCUAGCCAUGGGCGGAACGCUAUUCAUGCUUCUUGCCGGCGGAUAUGAUGUCUUCCUAACGGGAAGAUGGAGCAUAAUGUGGUUCUUCCUCGAUUACGGCAUGAUUGGAUUCUUUAUCAUUUUGUUCGUGGGCUGGAAGUUGAUCUUCAGAACCAAAUAUGUCCGGCCUGGAACAGCGGAUUUGAGUCUUGGUGGAUUAAAGGAGGAGAUUGAUGAUUAUGAGGUUGUGUAUGAGAUUGGUCAGGAGGGGAAGAAGACUACUUUUGUGGAUAAGUUGUUUGCUUAG